AUGGAAGAGGGCUCGCCUGGAGUUUUCCUUCAAAACUAUCGGAUGACCGAAAGAAGCAGACUCUCAACGGAGCCAGCUGCUGACUGUGAGAUGACUCAUGAACAGCCGCCAACGACUCCUACUGAACUAGCCCAGGUACCAAAUCCCUCUACGUUCUCGUGUAGUUUCAAGGAUAAACUAAUGAACAAGAUGAGCAUGGCAAAGAAUUUUGGGGUUGACGUGAAUUCUUUGGAGGCCGACUAUGAUGAUUUGAAUGACGAGGAGGAUGUUGUGACUUCUUGCGAAGAGCGUGGGCCGGGUAUCCAGUUCUCUAAGAAAGCUAUGACUCGUUUAUGUGAGCCUUGGCAGCAUGCGCUCAUAAUCAAGCUCCUUGGCAGACCACACACCUACAAUUUUCUUCAUGCCCGAUUACAACAGAAAUGGAAUCUGAAGGGGGGAUGGAAAUUAAUUGACCUUGUCAACGAUUACUUUGUUGUCAAAUUUGACUUGGAGGAAGAUCUUAACUCUGUACUUACAGGAGGGCCUUGGAUAAUCUCAGGUCAGUAUCUAGUGAUGCAAAAGUGGCGACCUGGGUUCUGCCUAGCAACUGCCCAUAUUACUAGGAUGGUAGAUUGGAUCUGA